UGUAUCCAUUUAGGGCCCAAAAUAGUUGGCCUAGAAAUAAUCGAAUGACUACAGGCGGCAACAACGACGGACGACUCCAAUGGAGAAGCGAUGGACGACGCUACGGAGGCUGGAGAAAUACAUGCGCAAUGAUGGGUGAAGCAAUUGGAUUUUCUUAUGUCUUUGUUUCUGUUGUAAUUGCUUUAUGUUCCAAUCCCUCACUACUGUUGUUUCUGCUGGUUAUUUUCUUUGUUUAUUGUUUUCCGAGGUUUUUAAUUGCUGCCGGAUUUUUACUCUUUGUCGUCUGGGGGAUCGUUGUUUGAACGAUAGGAGAUGGAGAUUGCAUGCUUGCGAAUAGUGCGACAUUGUAUAUGACGCGUCGGGUGUGGUGUAGCUUGAAUGUGAUAUAAGUUUGGUGAGUUGAAAAGCCUGGUUGUGCUGUAUCCCGUGCAUCGCCCAAGAUACUGAGCGCCUGUUCAAUUUGUUCAAAUUAGGGUUUUCUUAGUUACUCCAACAUGAAGAAAAUCUAGGACAUACUAACUGGAAUUUGGAAAUUGAAGCUAGAAAAGUUGACCUUGUAGCAUUUAGAAACAUGAUUCGGGUGUGGAAUGGCGGGAUUCUCCAUGAACAGAAUGAGUGUAAACAAUAUUUUCACAGACAAUGAUAUGUUUUUAGCUAGAGGAGAACUGCACUGUCAUUUUCCUCCGCCUCCUCUGCUCACUUCCAUCUCAGAGCUCUGAUUCUGUCCUGCUCACUUGGGGAACCUUUCAUCUUAUCUAUUGGCACCCUUUUUGCUGAUAUUUUCAGCAGUGGAACAAUCCUUUUUGUGUUCAUCGUAUUGAUCAAUUAUAUGUAUAUUUAAGAUCACACGCCCUCCCAAUCAACACAUCACAAUCUAAGGUUGUUGAAAAGCUUCCACUUGUGUCGAACUACACAUAUACAGAUCUUGCGACUACUUCCCAGUAUUGGCGGAAGUUGGGUGAGAUAUUUCGUUUGCCUCUCACAAACAUUUCCUUCACUUUGAAUUGUUACUCAUUUGAUGCUUGGAUUACUAUAGAUUAUGCAGGAAUAGUCUUUCAAAUUAUUGACAAUUAUUGCAAGCUCAAUCCCUUCUGUUAUAGGUGGUAAGUUUGAUUUCAUACCUAGCUAUUUAUGAUUUAAAUUUUUCCUUUUCUUAGUUAUAAUAGGAAACUUUUUAAACUAAAGUUUGAGGAUCUAGUUUUACCAAGUAUACUGUUAACAAGAGAAUCAAGUCCGAUCUGGCAUAUUGAUUCAUGAGGUUGGUGGAUAUUAUCAAGUUCUUAGAUCUUCAAACCAUUCAAUUUUCAGUUCGUUUGAACUUUACUUUCAAAGUAUUAUAUUUAGGACCACUCUAUUUUAUUUCAUUUUUCUGCCAAAGUUGGUUUACAUUGUGAAAAUGAUUAGGCUUUUUUCAUGUUUUGCACCUUCUAUUAGUUAUAUAGCUCUUAACAUAUCAACUAAGUUUGUCUCCAUUCUUUUAACUCUCAAUUCACAGAAGAAACAUACCUAGUGGGUAAAUAAUUCGCUUAAGAUAUACAUUUGGAGGGAACUGGUAUUUUACUUUCAUUGAACACUUAAGAAGACGGAACAUGUUAUAAUGUUCAUUAAGAUACAUGCUACUUUCAGAAUAUUUAUGUUUUGUAUGCUGAUUUCUAACCUAUCAUGGUAUCUAUGAUAUGCAUAGAACAAGAGAAGAAGUUUGUUUUAUGAUAGAAAUUUAGCUAUUGAAAAAAGUUAAAUAAGUAUAUAAAUUAUCUACAUUUUGAUGAUUAAGAAGAUUUUGGACUGAAAGCGCUUAUCAUUAUAAUGAAAGCCAAUGAAUUCAUGCACUCAAUCUGAAUCAUUACUCAGUUGAGAAGCUUUGGAUAAACAAGAAUAGUUUGUAAUAGCAAAUUGAACAAUACGGAUACAAAUUACAAAAUCUAACACAUUUAGAUAUCAAAUUACAAAGAGAUAGCAUGUGUAGAGAGAGAUGAGUAUAACUCCUGCAGAAAGUGAAGGAUUGCAGCAUUGUGAGAUUGAAUGGCAGGGCAAUUCUCCUUUGGCAAGAGGAAAGGAUGCAUUUGCAUGUUCUGCCUGCCUAAGGAGAAUCACACUGUUAUUCAUUUCCCCACACAAUUUUCUUUCCUUCACAUAACCUGCCUCCAAUAUAAGUUGGAGUGUGUGUCUUGAAUAUCAUUGGCCAGGCUUUAUAUGGAGGCCACCGGUCGCUUUAUAUGGAGACCACCGGCUCGUAUCAUUAUUUGGAUAUGCUGAAGGAGAAAAUGGCAUAUGCUUUGGGACUUCCUCUAGGUUUUUUUCCCUUUACUUUCCCCAAUGGCCAUGGUAUAAAAGAUUUUGGCCUUUGCACUUUCAUUUUAUUCUAUGGAUAUGCUCUUCUUGCUGCAAAAGAUAUGCAAAUUUUUGUGUUUCCUGUGUAAAUGGGCAUUUAUCCUUGAUUUACUUAUAUAGGAGUAGAAAUUUUCUACAAAGAUUCCUUUAAAUAUAAAUCAAAUCAGUGUAAAUGCUGGUCAUUAACUCAUUAUUGUGCAUUAUGUUAUCUCACAUGAAAAGUCAGUAAGUGUAAAGGACAAGAGGAUGUCCCAAAUACCCCUUAAGACUGAUGAAAAGGAUUAGAAACGUAAGCUCACUUAGGCAUGUGAAUAGUUAUUUUAGAUUUGAGUUAUGUGAAUAGUUACUUUUCAAUUUUUCGAAAAUAUGUGGAUUAACACCAUUUCUCUCACUAGGCAGGAUAGCAAGAUCAAGUAACAAAUUGUAUAUACAAAAAAAUUUACUAGCAGAAACAAGCUUCUUGAAUUCGCAUCUCAGUACAUAAUAUUCAAUAAAAAAAGCAUCGAAACUAGCUGUACAUCAGUCAUAAAGAGAGGUAGAGAUCUCUUGAGAUUUUUUAAUUCCAUAUGCAAAACUACAGCAAACAGUUUAUUCUUGUGACUGCUGGUUAGUGUAAUUAGAAUAUGCUUUACAUAUCCCCUGCCCUUGUAUUUUGUUUGAACUAUAAAUACAUGCAAGGGGCCGGUAACUUUUCCUCAAGUUACAGCCUUUGAAAAAAAUGCAAUGAAUGUAUGGAAGCAUUACAGGGCAAAUAAUCCUUUGGCAGCAGCCACAUAUAUGGCAAUUAAUUGCAAUUAAUUGUGAACUAUUAUUGAGUUCACUGCCAAAGGUGAUUUGCCCAGUAAUACAAACAUACUGACAGGCUGAUGUAGAGUUAGCAAAAUGAGGUAUCUUAUUUUGGGCUAUGGAUGACUUUGUGCAAUAUGCUUUUAUUGGUUAAGUUAAUUAGAAUCCAUACUUGUGUUAUACUAUUCAGCUUUUGUCUGGUUUUCAUGUAAUUAGAUUUUGAUUGAAAAAUUAGAAUCAUUAGACCAUAUUGAUACAAAAUAAAUUAUACGUACACUAGGGUCAAUCACUAGAAUAUUUACUGUAAAGUAUAUAUAUGUUAUGUUGCACACGUGCUGCUAUGUUUAAUUCCUUGUGCUGUUACAGUUUCAGAAGCAUUAGAAAUAAUGCCUGCUAGUUGCAUGCAUGCAUUUAUUACACUAAACCCACGUACUUUUUACUGCUUUGUUUAAUCAUGCAUGCACGAGCUGCCGCGUACGUAAACCAUAUAGUAAAUUAUAUACAUAUUAAAUAUAUAUAUAUGUGUGUGUGUGUGUAUGUGUGUAAUUUAUUGCUGAGAAAUAUAAGUGGCAUAUGCGGGGACAAUUCUUGCUACCAAAAUUCCCUUUUAUUUUCUUUUGUAAAUAAUUGCCGUCAAGGGUAUCUGUUCUAUAAUGGGGCCCGCUUUUAGAUUGGAAUCAUUUUAUUUUGUAGUAUACAAUAAUAUAAUUUAAGAAAAUAAUAUUUUCUGUCUACGAAUGACUUGCUGCCACGUUCAAACGAGAACGUAAUCUGAACUUUAUGUUGACAAAUUUUGAAAUCAUAACACGCCCUAUAAAUAUAUAUAUAUAUAUAUAUAUAGAGAGAGAGAGAGAGAGAGAGAGAGAGAGAGAUGCUGAACUUUGUAGCCAGCUAGCUUCUUUCACAUACAUGCAUACGUAUUUUGCCUUCAUCUCUGAUCUCUAGUCCGACUCUUUGAACGCUAAAGGGUCAAAUUUCUCCAAGAAUCUUAGCAAAUCUAUAUUUACAGAAACAAGCUGACUGUGUACUAUCUUUAAGGGAAAACAGGAUUGGAAUUUUUUAAAUUCUGUCGAGUGAUGGAACAAUUAGUAAAUUGAGGAGUCGGACGCAAGAAAAACCCCCAUAUUUGGGGGGUCACAGACAUAUAUAUGCAGCAGCAUAAAGGAUCAUUUGCAGAAUAUACUGUGUUGUACGAAGUGAAGUACUGCACUUCUCAAACACUAUAUAUAUGCUCUAACCUGCUCAAUCAUUUGGCCAUGGAGACAUCUGCCUGAUCAGGUCAAGAUAUAUAUAUAUAUAUAUUUAUAUUACAUAGAUACAUCUAUAUAUGUAUUACAAUAUAUCAUUUCUUGUGUAGAUGCAUUACUGGGCAAUUACUCUUCUGGCAGAAGCUAACUGCAUUCUUGCAUGCACUAAAUAUAUCUGCAUGCAGUUCUUUAUGUUACAAAGAAAUGAAAUUGCUUAAUUAGCUACUGCCAAAGGAGAUUUGCCCCGCAUUGCUGCCCUUCUAUGCAUAUAUAUCACACUUAAGUUCAUACAAUAUGUAUACAUAUGAUUAGCUACUUGUCUCCUCCCAGCCAUUCUUUGACAGAUCUACGUCCCAGGUACACCUUUUUUUUUUAAUAAAAUUUCUGGUGUGUGUUGUCAUGGGCUGCGACCUUCUGUUUGUUUAGACAAAUCUUGGCAACCAUUGGAGGCCCAAAAGUAUCCAUAUAGAGAUUGAUAAGCCCACUUGUGUUGUUAUAACAAAACCAAGUGGCUGAAUUUAAUUCACUGCAAGGGAGAGGAAGAAAGCCCCACUUCAUACUGAAUCGCAGCUUUUAUAGUUAUCCAUUGUUUUCUUCAGUUUAUGGUAUAUGUCUACAUUCUUGAAUUGUUCAUCUCUAAAAAUGGAGUAUAAUAAUAUGGCUAGAAUGCACAGUAUUAGUGAAUUAGUUCAAAUAUACAGAUGAAAAUGAUAUUAUUGAGUGCAACUUAUUAGACAGGAAAGAUGUAUAUAUACAUCUGUGUCCAGCUAUUAUGCACUCCAACUUUCUUCGUCCACAUGACUUUGACCUCUUUAGUUUCUAUUUUUUCGUAAUACUCGUGGCUAUAUUUUCUAGUUUUAUUUUUUAAAUUUUAUUCUAAUUGUAAUACACUACAUAAUCAUAAUUUCAUAUAUGCAUUUAUUAUUUCUUUAUCCAUGUAUCCCAGGCAACUUGUGUAAGUCCCAGGGAGGCACUAUUCUUACCGACGGUGACUCAACCACUUUAUAUUCUUCCCACACUCCCAUACUGAAUCAUUUCUCACAACCAUGGCACUCUAUCUUCUCUUCCUCCUCUGCGUCCUCUCCGCCGCGACUUUCUCCUUCUCCUCCGGCGCCGGCACCGCCGCGACCUCCCCCACCUCCUCUCCGGCCACCGCCCCCGCCCCCAAACCGCCACCAUCCACCCCCAUUUCCUCCGCCGCCCUCGACCCCAAGCAGCUUAGUGCACUCGAGUCGCUCAACAUCCCUACUUCGAAAAACCCGUGCUCCCCUCCGCCGCGGAGCGGUGGCGCACCUCCCACCGCCACCUGCGACUCGUCCCGGCCGUUCCGCCACCUCGUCUCACUGACGCUCACCAACUGCUCCGACGACGUCGCCCUGUCCCUCACCGCUCUCAAAUCACUCUCCACUCUCACCUCCCUGAGCUUCAUCGACUGUCCUAUUUCCCCAAUCCGCUUCCCGCCGGAGCUUUCCUCCAACCUCCGCUCCUUCACCUGCAUCAGCAGCCUCAAAAAGCUCACCGGCGUCUGGCUCAGCCGCCUCCACAAUGCCACCGAUUUAACCGUCUCUCGAGUCAGUAUAACCGCCAGCGGCCCCUGGGUGAUCCUGAGCGGCAUGAAGUUCCUCCAUUCCGUAACCCUAAGUCAGGCCAAUCUCUCCGGCGUGCUCCCCAAACAUUGGCAGCCGAAUCUCACCUACGUAGAUCUCUCCGGCAAUAAUCUGAAAGGUAAAAUCCCUGCGUCCUUAACUCGCCUCGAGAAUCUCGCUCACUUGAAUCUCUCCUCCAACUCUCUCAACGAUACAAUUCCUUCCUCCAUUGGAGAUCUGAGCGCUCUGCAGAAUCUCUCUCUGGCUAAAAACUCGCUCUCAGGCUCUAUUCCGGAGUCUCUAGCUGCAUUGCCGGCGCUAACACAUCUCGAUCUGAGCUCAAAUCAGCUCAACGAGUCGAUCCCCAAUUUCAUCAGAGAUAUGAAGAAGCUCAAGUACUUGAAUCUGGCAGGCAACAACUUCCGCGGAGUGUUGCCUUUCAAUUCGACAUUUAUUAAAGGAUUGGAGGUUUUCAAGGUCGGCGACAAUUCGAAUCUGUGCUACAACCGCACAACUUUGGGAUCGAAAGUUAAGCUUGGUAUUGCUCCUUGUGAUAAGCAUGGGCUGCCAAUGUCGCCUCCGCCUGCUAAGGAUUCAUCUUCUUCGGAUGAUUCCAGCGACAGUUCUGAUUACGACGAUUAUGGUAAUUCAGAGGGGAAGAAGAAGCAUCACAGUGGGCCAAAUAAGGUUGUUCUUGGUGUUGCAAUUGGACUUGCUUCUAUUGUGUUUCUAAUCGUUUUCUUGGUUUGUUUGGCUAAGUGCUGUAAAUGAGUUUGGAAGAGAGUCAGAGCUGAUAUAUUGAUCAUUUAGCUUAGGAGAAUUCAGCCAUUACAGAUGAGAUUCAUUUAUUUUUGGAGGAACAAAAACACUUAUAUUCAGGAUAAGAAGAAGGGAGUGAAUGCAAAAAGAGGAUUCUUUUUUAUCUGUGUGAUUCUUUUGGUUGUAUAUUGCUGUGGCAGUAAAAGAGUUCUUUUGACUACUAUCUCUGCCUCUGCUUCUACAUUUUUUCUAUACUUAAGAUUUGGACUGAAUGAUUUUUUAUUGAGCUAAGAUUAGGGGAAAAGAUUACAUGACAUUGAUGUUGCGUUACCAUCAUCAUACAUUCUGCUUUCUUUCUGUCUUUGCUUCUCUUGAAAUGUAAGAAUGUGCAUUCUUUUGCA